AUGCUAUGCAAACUUGAUCUUCUUUGUAUUUCAAACCCGAAACUCAAGAAGCUUACCAUUCUUAAUGUGGCCCUUAUGGAUGAUGGCCAGAGUGGUGGAGUUAAGAUUUCCUGUCCAAAACUGGUGGAUUUGGAGUUAAGAGGUCUUAUAGCAAAUAACUUUUUCUUUGAAUGUCUUGACUCCUUAAAUAAAGCAGGGAUUGAGCCUAAAUUGAUGGGGAACAUCAAAUCUGUGUUGUUUCCUGGAAUUUCUCAUGUGGAUCAUUUGUGGAUCGACCUUUACUUCUUUAGUCAGGUACAUGCUUACAUACUUUAUGCACAACUAUUCAUUCCUGUUAAAAAACGUUUUCUAUGUAAUUUCUGCAAGGAGCUUUACCACCUUUUUUUAUAA